AUGCAAUAUGCAGCAUCAGCUGCAUUUCUUAUGGCAGUGUACUCUGAUCAUCAUGCCAAGGCAAAAGGUGUAAUUAAGUGUCCCGAGGCUCAAGUCCUAGGUUAUCUAUCAUCAAGGAUUGCCAAAAUCUUACCACAAACCACCACAAGGUUGGUUACACAUUAUUCGACUAUAUUUCGCAGUCAUAGAGUAUCUCAGAAUAAACCCCAAUCAGAAACCCCGGUUGAAUUCCUCCAUUCAAUAACCAAUACAUGGACUGUUGGUAAAGAAACCUAUUACAGGCACCAAGUGAUAUCAAGAACAAGUCCCAAAAUCCAAUCACAGAUUUGA